UAGAGGCGGAGCUUAUUUGGUGGUUUAUCCGAUCAAAAUGCGGUUAGUUCGUCAAGCGCUGCUGUUCGGGGUGCUCGGGGGGAGAAGCUUAACCAGAGCCAUGUGUGCGCAGGCCGACGACUGGAAAAGCGCUAAGUCUAUUUAUGAGUUCUCUGCAAAAGACAUUGAUGGAAAUGAGGUGUCUUUGGAAAAAUACAGAGGCUUUGUCUGCAUCAUCACAAAUGUAGCCUCUAAAUGAGGAAAAACCCCUGUAAACUACACUCAGUUUGCGGCCAUGCACGCCACGUACACUGAGAAAGGUUUACGCAUCCUGGGUUUCCCCUGCAACCAGUUUGGAAAGCAGGAACCUGGUACAGAGGCAGAGAUUAAGGAGUUUGCAAAAGGUUACAAUGCAGAGUUUGACCUCUUCAGUAAGAUCGACGUGAACGGGGAUAGUGCCCACCCGCUCUGGAAGUGGUUGAAGGAACAGCCAAAGGGGAAAGGCACUCUGGGAAACAACAUCAAAUGGAACUUUACCAAGUUUCUCAUUGACAAAGAGGGCCAGGUCGUGAAGAGGUAUGGACCAAUGGAUGAUCCAAGUGUCGUUGAAAAGGAUCUGCCAAAAUACCUGUAACUAGUCUGGACUGAUCCACCGUCCGUCCCCAUUGUCUAACAGUCUUCCUGACCCCCCUGCAUUUCUGUGAAAAGCUGGGUACUCUGAGGUCUUUUUCCAGAAUAAUGAUGGCCUCUCCCCAAACCUGCAUGCAGGUAGGAAUGGCCUGAUGACCCUUGGCGUGCAUACCUCCCUCUGGGAAGACCCGGCAAUACCCA